AUGUCCAAGGACGGGCACACGGUUGCGGUGCUUUUGCAGCAGGUCACCCCUCGUCUGCAUCAAAUUAAGCAGGACUUGCAUCUGCUGCAUUUCAAGCUGGAGCAAGAUCCGACCUUUAGCUGGGAGAAUGCACUGACUUCUUUCUCCUCUAUCCAAAAGCAAUUGCAAGCCUUGUUGGUCAAUCUCAAGGUCAACGACCUUACUAACCAGCAAAGGCAGCUUCAUGAUGUCGUUGUUCUUCCCUUCUCUUUGAGCCAUGAACGCGACGAACACCUGCAUUCAAUGACACAAGGCAGCAUUGACGCCUUUACCCACCUUCAGCGUGAGUGCUGCAUCCCCCUCCAACAGCAACAGCAACAGCAACAGCAACAGCAACAGCAACAGCAACAGCAACAACAAAAUAUAUCAGGGAUGCGUCUGCUGCUCCGAACGAGGUUGACACCCGAGGCUGAGGCUUGGCUCAGGGAGACUGAUGACAGCGUACCCGAUAAGGAUGCCUUUGAAAGCGCUCUGAACGAACUGGAUGAGCUCUCGCUCGCCACGCAGCGUGCCCUCCUGCAGUUGGACCGGCGCAAAGACAUCCUGGCGGCUGGUAAGACAGAGGCCUCAACCUUGGUCUCUCUAGCCCGGGUACCUGUAGAGGAUCCCGCGAUCGAUUUGCUACAAAGUAUCAAUCUGUAA